AUGGCAGGAGGAGCUUUUGUGUCAGAAGGAGGAAAUGGUGGAAGAGAUUAUGAAGGAGGAGUCACAGUUUUCGUUGUCAUAACAUGUAUGGUUGCGGCCAUGGGAGGUCUCCUCUUUGGUUAUGACCUUGGAAUCUCAGGAGGUGUGACCUCAAUGAAUGAGUUUCUUAGCAAGUUCUUCCCACAAUUAGAGAAGCAGAGGGUAAAGGCGAAGCACGAGACGGCUUACUGCAAAUUUGAUGACCAAAAGCUCCAAUUGUUUACUUCUUCUCUCUACUUAGCAGCUUUGGUAGCUUCCUUUGUGGCUUCGGUUGUUACUAGGAAGUAUGGACGAAAGGUUUCCAUGUUUACCGGUGGACUUGCUUUCCUCACCGGUGCACUGAUCAACGCCUUUGCCAUUAAUGUCACAAUGCUCAUCAUCGGUAGACUUUUGCUCGGUGUAGGUGUGGGAUUUGCUAAUCAGUCUACUCCGGUUUACCUCUCGGAAAUGGCUCCAGCAAAGAUAAGAGGAGCGCUAAACAUUUGUUUCCAGGUGGCUAUUACGUCUGGAAUCUUGGUGGCGAAUCUGAUCAACUAUGGAACAUCUAAUAUGGCUAAAAAUGGGUGGAGGGUUUCUUUAGGUUUAGCAGCUGUUCCAGCAAUUCUUAUGGUGAUCGGAUCAUUCUUUUUGCCCGAUACACCAAACUCAAUGCUUGAGAGAGGCAAAUACGAGGAAGCAAAACAAAUGUUGAAGAAAGUACGAGGAACGGAAAACGUUGACCAUGAGUUUCAAGAUAUACGCGAUGCAUGUGAAGCUGCUAAAAAGGUAGAACAUCCAUGGAAAAACAUCAUGCAGAGCAAAUACAGACCGGCUUUAGUCUUCUGCUCGGCCAUUCCCUUUUUCCAGCAGAUUACUGGAAUUAAUGUCAUUAUGUUCUACGCUCCUGUUCUCUUCAAGACUCUUGGUUUUGGAGAUGAUGCUGCUCUUAUGUCGGCUGUAAUAACCGGUGUAGUUAACGUGCUCGCGACCUUUGUCUCCCUAUACUCGGUUGAUAGAUUUGGAAGAAGGUUUCUUUUCCUUGAAGGUGGCAUUCAAAUGUUCAUAUGUCAGAUUCUUGUUGGUUCAUUUAUCGGUUUAAAAUUCGGAACCACGGGAACCGGAACCUUGACACCCGCAACAGCAGACUGGAUUCUUGUUUUCAUAUGCGUGUACGUUGCUGGAUUUGCAUGGUCAUGGGGUCCAUUGGGUUGGUUAGUACCCAGUGAGAUCUGUCCAUUGGAAAUCAGACCAGCGGGACAAGCCAUCAACGUCUCAGUCAACAUGUUCUUCACUUUCCUCAUUGGUCAAUUCUUCUUGACAAUGCUUUGUCACAUGAAGUUUGGUCUCUUCUACUUCUUUGCAGGCAUGGUUGCCAUCAUGACCAUCUUCAUCUACUUUUUGUUUCCGGAGACUAGAGGUGUUCCCAUUGAAGAGAUGGGAAGAGUUUGGAAGCAACAUUGGUUCUGGAAAAAUUACAUUCCAGAUGAUGCAGUUAUUGGUGGAAAUGAUGAAAACUAA